GUAAGAGCAUGAUUAGACCUUGAACCACGUGCCCCUGCAAGGGAAGUGCUUUUAAAGUUAAAAAAACAUGUUAACAAUGUAGCACGAUGAUUCCUUCUGGUCUAAAAACACCCUCGGCCAACUAUUGUCUUAGAAAGUGUGGAAUCUGAGAGCUUGCCAUUUCCAAGUGCCUCAUUUCCACAUUUUGUUCACUUUUCCUCAAACAGUCAGGAUCGGCACGAUAAGAUGUUGGCAACACCUCCUCGCUGUAUGCGUGCAGGCUGUGUGAAGUGCAAGAAAUGUGUGUUGUGUGAAAAGACACCUGGGUUAUGUCUCUCAUGCAGAUAACCCACUAGAUGGCAGCAAUGAGAGAUGUGGUCCAACAUAAAGUGGUGGUGUGUGGCACAAGGUAAGAACACCGUUGUGUUGUAGUAAUAAUAUAUCAGUAGUUGAAUAGACACUUUUCACAGCGGCCAUUUUUAACAUGAAGUGUCUAACUGGUAUGAUUCAACAGGGUAUGAUUGGCUUAAUUAAAAUUGUUAAAUUACAACAUUGAAUUAAUGGCAUUAACUUAAAUGAAAUACCAUAGAAACACAAAAUGACGAUUCGUGGAAAUGAGGCAAUUCUGAAACUUCAAAAUGAAAUCAAUUGCUCAUGUAGCCUAAUGCUUGUUUGAAACGGGGUCCAUGUUUAUUGCGGUGGCCCGGAGAAGCACCCGAAUGCGCCGUGCAGUUGUGCAACAAGGGCCGAGCCUGUGGGUGGACCUUGAAGGCAGCACCAGCCUCUGCGCUGCCUGCUGCGUUCACGUUCAGUCAUUGGUCGCAACAGGUCGAUGCGGAAUGGAGUGAACUUCGGUGAGGACCUUGAACGAAACUUGUUCUCUGACUUGUAAAUUACACACCUCUCUUAUCUGGCCUGGCUUGGUAGGCAACUGGAUUCUUGUUUGAACGCAACAUUUUUUUUCUUUGGUGUGUUUUUACUAGUGUGAAUUUCUUUUGUGCCCUCAACUUGAUUAAUAUAUACAUAUUUAUAUAUGUAUGUGAGUGUAUAUGGGACAGUAGCGCCGGUGUGACUCUGCCAUGGCUGAGGUGCCGCCACCACCACGGACACAACCGGUCGAAAUAGACCCGGACUUUGAGCCUCUCUCCCGGCCGCGGUCGUGCACUUGGCCGCUGCCCCGGCCGGAGCUCGUGGACCCGGCCGGCUCCAACACGUCCUCCCCGGCGCAGUCGGUGCAGCAGGAGCCCCCCGGUCACACCGAGUUCAUCAGCAACCUCGGCUUGUUGGAGGAGGACUAUGAGGAGUACGCGGAGCAGAAGCCGCCCGGGCAGUGCACCGAUUUCCACUGUCGGGACGCAAACGGCGCGCCUCGCCACCAGCACCAGCACCAGCACCAUCCUCAUCCUCUCCAGCAGCCGCCGCCGCCGCCGCCGCCGGCCCCGCGGCUGCCCCCUCAGCAACAGGUGCCUCCUCCGGGCGUCGCGCCUCUGGGCAGCACCGCGCAGAGGAAGAGCGGCCACGGCUCGUCCCGGCGCAACGCCUGGGGCAACAUGUCGUACGCGGACCUGAUCACCAAGGCGAUAGACAGCUCCCCGGAGAAGAGGCUGACCCUGUCUCAGAUCUACGACUGGAUGGUGAAGAGUGUGCCUUACUUCAAGGAUAAAGGAGACAGCAACAGCUCCGCGGGCUGGAAGAACUCAAUCAGACACAACCUGUCCCUGCACAGCCGGUUCGUGCGCAUACAGAAUGAAGGGACGGGAAAAAGCUCCUGGUGGAUGCUGAAUCCAGAAGGUGGAAAGAGUGGAAAGUCUCCUCGACGCAGGGCUGCCUCCAUGGACAACAACAGUAAGCUCGCCAAGAGCAGAGGAAGGGCAACCAAGAAAAAGAUGGCUCUACAAGAAGGGGUGGAGAGAGGAGCUGGCAGCCCUGGUUCCCAGUACUCUAACUGGCUGGGGAGCCCGAACUCCCACAGCAACGAGGACUUUGAAAGCUGGAGCUCCUUUAGGACACGCACCAGCUCCGAUGCCAGCACUCUGAGCGGCCACCAUUCACCUUUCCCUUCGGAGCAGGACGACCUGGGGGAGUCUGACGGCCACAUGAUGUAUUCUGGAGCGGUGGGUACCAAGAUCACUUCCACCCUGCCCAGCCUGUCUGAGGUGGCUGGAUCCCUGGGCCGACAUGGCUCCGAGAUGGUCAUGGAGAGUCUGCUGGAUAACCUGAACCUGCUGUCUCCUAAAAAAAACCCUCUGGUUUCCGAAGCCUCACAUUCUUCAAACGCUGCCAUGCUCCAGAGUAGCCCCUACAGCUCAUCUGGCUUGACCCCGCACUCACAGCAGGACUACCGAAAGUGCAUGUACGGCCAGUUGGGGAUGAAUUCUCUCUCCCCUGCUCCCCUGCAGACACUACCAGAGACCAAGCCAGGCUUUGGGGCGUAUGAGAACCAGUAUAUCUGCCCUGCCGGGCUCCUCAAAGAGUUGCUGACCACGGAUGCAGAUGUCAGGAGGGACAUGAUGCCUUGUAGGGAUACACUGGUGUCUCAUGUUGGGAGGGAAGGUUGCCCAAUGCCCACUUACAGCAGCCAGGGCCAUGUGGGCAGUCGUAGUGGAGUGAAAAUGAUGAAUCUUCCGCAGAGACACCCAAUUCCUUGUGUAAAUCCACAAGCUAUACAUAACCAGGGACCUUCAACCUCACGAGACUUGAAUAGCUGUAACAUGAUCCCACUGACUAACCUGACUAGUCCCUCAGGGGCCCCUCCUCGCAUGACCAGCCUGAGAACAUGCAUGCAGCUGCCCCACGGACACCCAGCACACACCAGUGAUUUCUCAGUGAACUAUAGCAGAGGCAACGGCUACAGGGAACUUAACUCGCUUCACCCACACGGUCACCAUCAGGAGCGGCUGCCCAGCGACCUGGACAACAUGUCCAUCGAGAGGUUUGAAUGUGACAUGGAGUCGGUCCUCCACGACACCCUCAUGGACGGCGGGGCGCUGGACUUUAACUUUGACCCCGCAGCUGGACCCCACGGGUUUCCCCAAAGGGUAAAGACCACCACACACAGCUGGGUGUCGGGCUAGCGUCCGUGGUGGGUCACAAAAAAAGAUUUUCUCAGCAUCAUCAUCCAGAGACUGGAAAAUGUAAAUCUAAAGAAGCCACCAGAGCAUCUAACAGUAUAAACACAAUAAGGCAACUGUUGUAAUUCAUAAUAGCUCUGAAGAGACAAACCGAAUGAGAGACAAGCCUACCUUUGCGAACUAGUCUCGUUUACAAUUGCCUGUGAAAAACUGGAAAUUUGUAGAUAUUUAUGUAUUUUUGAUUCAUGGCAUAUUAAAGUAUACAACACAAUAUAUUACAUGAGACAGAAUAAAGACAAAGAGUGCCUGACAACAAUGUAGCGCAUACAUAUCUCAGAAUAUCUAUAGAAUAUAUGAUUCGGGGCCAAACUGUACUGGAUUCAUAUGGGGCCAACACAGUAGCAUGUGCAUACUCAGUGAGUGAUAACAGCGUGGAUCUUUCCACAUGAGUUUGUCUUUACCCACGUAAUAGGGUUUUUGUUCUGUACUUAAAAUUCUGUGUAUGGUUUGAACAUUUAAAAUCUUAUGAUUAAAGUUCUAGCAGAUCCCCAAAAAACUGCCAAACCCGAAGUUCUCUACGGUCCAAUCGCUGACUAGAAUUUCAGAUUUUAUGCAUUAAAUUUGAUGAGAUAUUUUAGCAUCCAGCCCUCAAUGGCAAAUGAUGACACAAUGAUCAUCCCUGAUGAAAUCUUUUGGCUUAAAUUAUAAAUAAACCAGUGUAUUGUCUGCAUAGUGAUUCAUGUUAGAAUUUGAAUUAAAUAACCCAGAAGAAAUAUACAGUGACAAAAAGAAAUAUCCAGGAAUAGGCCUUUGAACAACACCCCCUAGCAGAUUAUUACUGCAAAUACUGUAUAUCAUUAUAUAUUGUCAUGGUACAGUGCUGACAGAUUGAGGGCUUAAGUCCAAUAUCAGCUAUACCUGCUCACCAGCAACAGUGAGAAACUGCGCCUCUAACUGAAAUAAAUUCCUCAAUCAUUAACUGUAUGAAAAUAUUUAUUUAAUUGUUUUUUUUUCCAAUUGGAGCUGUUGAAUUCUUGCUUUGAACUUUUCAAUGCUUGUAAAAAAAGUGCAACUAUGCUGUGUACAAUGUAUGUACUUAUUUCAGUAAAAUUAUAUUGUAAUGCUGUAUGUUAUUGUACAUCAAAUUAAUACAUUGAACAGAAAUUACAGUUACAUUUUUGCCUUCUAAAGACAGUUUACUGAAAGUCCAUAUCAGUCUCAACUAACGUACAGUAGUCCACAGCUCCCCGGUGCAUUGUUUUGCAUGCAAUAUUCAUGAUCUGUUUAGAAAACAGGAACACCAAUCAAGAAUAAUUUACAUUUUACAUUACAUUCAUUUAGCAGACACUUUCAUCCAAAGCCCCUUACAAUAGGUGCAUUCAACCAUGAAGAUAUUACCCAAAAAGUGCAAGAAUCAUGCAAGUACAUAAGCAUUUAUCAAAUUGGUCUCGGCAUCUUAUUUUGUCUUAUUCGACAUCUUAAUUAUAAAUGUUGCUGUCACCAAAACCUCCAAUCUCUCUAUACAAUUACACAAAUCUCUGUGGCCUUAGGGAAAUCUGCCAUGCUUGAAUUUAUAAUAACAUUUCAAAAAUGCUAUGGGGCACGGUGACUAAGUUACCAUCAAAGCCGUUUUCAUCACUUUCGGGAAAAGGACAUUUUGGGAAAUUUGGAGAUUUUCAACUGACUAAGACUUCAAAGUUUAUGUACAGUUGUUAUGUCUUCUCUUCCAGACCCGUUUCAAAGAACGUGUUCCAGUUCAUUGUGCCUACGUCGAUGUUGUUCAUAUUAUUUUCUGUAGUAAUACAUUUUUGUAAAUAAAGGUUUUAAAUGACUUGGAAAGAUUGUACUGAAAUAUUGAUAUUACCAUACCCAUCUGUAUGAUUAUGUUAAAAUGAGUUGUUUACAUAUCUCAGUCCAACCUAUAUCAGUAAAUAUAUGAAAACUCAUACCUCAAAAUAUCAUACCUCUGAAGUGUUGAAGGGAGGAUUCCUGCCAUUUUCCUCAGUUUAUUGAAUUCAUUUUCAUUUUUGACAAACAGUUUUGAACAUAUUUUGAUUAAUGUUGAAACAAGUUGUAUUUGGACCUGUUCAUCUGUUUUUGAAUUUCUUUUUUUCUUAUGCUUAAGGAUUAUAGCCAUUAGUCUAUAUGAAAUGUUAUUGGACAGCACAGUAUAGAUUUUAAAUUAAACAUUUGUGUGAAGUCA